CACCCCGUUUCCCUGUCCGGCAGGAGCCAGCUCCAGGAGCCGGACGGGCCGUACCGUAGCGUGGGAGUGGACAACCCCGCCAUGUCCUUGGAGGACCACGUGAUCACCUUGCCCCGCUUGACCCCUGACCUCGCCGCAAUCAGCAAGAACCCCGCUCAGCCCUUCCCCGUCUUCGUCGGCACCAUGGAAACCGAACUCCCCGGGAUGAAUGAGAAGCGAAAUGGGGGGAACACGGCCUAUGUCGGUGCCAGGGGGGAGGAAAAGGACCCGGAGGAAGAGGAAGACGGAAUAGCCUGUGGAUGUUUUUGGCGGUUCCGGUCCUCCAUAGCCGAGUCGUAUCAGACGAACCAGCGCUACAUCCGGAUGGUCCUCGUCACCCUGCUCUGCGGCGGGUACAACGCCUACCUGGUGGCCGCCAUCUGGCACAAUCGGGAGAAGGGAUUGAGCUGGGACUUCUGCAACGGCCUGGGCUUCCUCCUCGUCGUCACGGGCCUUCUAUACUUCGGCCUCUUCUAUUUUCUCAUCCUGAAACCCCUCUGGCUCCGGUUUGGACCCAUGGAACGCGUGCGCAAGAUCACCGAAGCCAUCCACGACAGGCCUGUUUUCCGGUAUGCCCCAUUCGGAGGACACUUCGGGUUCGGCCUGGCCGUGGCCGUGUUCCUCAUCGUGGAUACGAAGGAGGACCGACGCCGAUUGAUUUCCAUCAUCGGCAUCUUCUUCCUCGUCCUCUUCGGCUUCCUAUUUUCCAAGCAUCCCGACAAGAUAAAGUGGCGGCAGGUGUUCUGGGGCCUGGGCCUCCAGUUCGUGUUCGGCCUCGUGAUCCUCCGGUGGGAGGUGGGGAAUCAGGUCCUUCAGUGCGUGGCGGAUAAGGUGACCGCGUUUCUCGGCUUCACGGAUGCCGGAUCCUCGUUCGUGUUCGGGUAUCUCGUCGAUGGGGACCCGAACCCGGCGCUCAAGUUCUCGCCCGUCUUUGCCUUCAAGGUGCUCAGCGUGAUCUUCUUCUUUGGCUUCGUCACCCAAAUCCUCUACUAUUACGGGGUGAUUCAAUGGAUCGUGGUGAAGCUGGGCUGGGUCCUUCACGUCACCAUGGGCACCACGGCCGCCGAGUCCAUGAACGCUGCUGCCAACAUCUUCAUCGGGAUGGUGAAAAAUCACACCUUUACGGAGGCUCCUCUAAUUAUCAAGCCGUAUCUGAAUGACAUGACGAAAUCCGAGCUCCAUGCCGUCAUGACCGGGGGAUUCGCUACCAUCGCAGGGGGCGUGUUCGCGGCGUACCUGUCCUUCGGCGUGAAGGGCCUGCACCUGCUGACGGCGAGCGUGAUGUCCGCCCCCGCGGCCCUGGCCUGCUCGAAGCUCUUGUACCCGGAGACGCGGGUGUCCAAGACCACGGCCAAGAACAUCAAGAUCGAAAAGGGGACUGAGGUGAACGCGUUGGACGCGGCGGCGCACGGCGCGAACAGCGUGAUCAUGCUGGUGGCGAACAUCGUCGCGAACCUCAUCGCCAUGCUCGCCUUCGUCGCCUUCCUCAACGCCGUCAUCGCCUGGUUCGCCGCUCUCGUCGACCUCCAAGGCAUCACCUUUGAGUAUCUGAUCUCGCUGCCGCUGAUCCCAGUGGCGUGGGUCAUGGGGGUGGAAUGGUCCCAGUGCCACCACGUCGCCGAACUCAUCGGCAUCAAGACGGUGCUCAACGAAUUCGUCGGGUACCAGAGACUCCAAGAAAUGCAGAAGGCUUCCAUCCUCUCGGAGAGGUCGGAGAUCAUCGCGACGUACGCCCUGUGCGGUUUCGCAAACCUGGGCUCCAUCGGGAUCUUGAUGGGAGCCCUCAGCGGCCUCAUCCCCGAGCGCCGAUCCGAAAUCUCCAAGCUCGUCGUUCGCGCUAUGAUUGCUGGCAAUAUGGCCUGUCUCCUCACCGCAUGCGUUGCUGGAACGCUGUUGACGACUUCGUGAAUGACUUCUCAUCGACUACAUUUUUAGACGACGGUGUGAUUGGAAGACGCGGUUCAUUUUUUGAAGUUCUGACGAUACCCAGUAUUUUCAUUGUCUAUGGAUGGAGUUCCUAUUUUUACAAUAUCGAAUAAAGAUUUUAUGCAAAGCCUAAA